CUAAAUGGACAUACAUCAUAUUAUACAAUUUUUAAUGUUUUGAAUGCGGAACACAAAUCUUGUAAAAAAUGGAAAUCAAAAUAACUUGGACUUACAAUUCAAAAAAGUCUGAAUAUUAAACUAAAUUUUAAUGUAAUUAUAUUAUAAGGCUUUAGAAUAGCAAUCCAGCACUCUUCUGGCCUUUCUGCAAAGGAGUAAUUUGAUAAACUGAACAGCACCUAUAACUAUGCAUACAGGAGUCGCUAUCGCAGAUCCAUCAAAUGUCUUUACACUCCCAGUCACAUUUGCGAAUAGAUUUACAUAUUGAAAAAUAUUGAAAUGUGCCUACAGAAAAACCAAAGGCUUUUCUGCAUUCUAUUGGCAUUACUGACGAUAAUUUGGGGAUUUACGGAGAUCAUAUACGGUUCCUACCUUUUAGCUGUGGAAGGUAUGAAUAAUUGGUUGUUGGCGGCAGUCGUGGCCUGGACUCCCAUUCUAAUUGCCUCGAUUUUUUUGAUUCUAGGCGCAUUAAAAAAAAUUCCUCGUUUCCUUCUGGUCUGGAUAAUAGUUUCAUUGGUAUGCGGAAUAGCUCUGAUUAUUAUAAAGACGGGAUUAUUGAUAUAUUUGCAUGAUAGUCCUAUAAUUAACGAUAUUGUGACAGCCAUUUUGAAUAUCAUCUUUUUAUUGCUGGUCUUUGUUUGGGCAUUCUACCCCUAUGCAUACAUGCGAGACAUGAAGAAACCACUAUUGGAAUAAAAAAAAUUGUAUUAUAUUGAUCUGCAAGAGGUUUCUUUUUUGGC